CAAGACCUGCACCUUGUGUAGUAUCUGGGUCACUAGUGUUGAAUCAAGUUAAAGAUAUAAAGUUUACUCUCGGCCAAUCGAGUGAAGGCAUAAGUGGGGUGAUGAAAAACACAUGGAAAAAGAGGAGCAUUUUUUUCGAUCUUCCGUAUUGGGAGUAUAACUUAGUGCGCCACAAUCUCGAUGUGAUGCACAUAGAAAAAAAUGUGUGUGAUAACUUAAUUUAUACACUAUUAGAUCUUAGUAAAAAGUCUAAAGACAACUUAGAAGCUCGAUUGGACUUGAAGGAUAUGAAAAUAAGACCAAGCUUAUGGCCUCAAUAUCGAGCUAGUGAGAGGGCUUAUCUUCCUCCUGCUUAUUUUACAAUGACUCCCAAUGAAAAGGAGUUGUUUUAUGAAGUACUACAAAAUGCCAAGUUUCCACAUGGCUAUGCGUCUAAUAUCUCACGUUGGAUUCGUAAACGAAAGUUAUCUGGGCUAAAAACUCAUGAUUGCCAUGUUAUAAUGCAAGAACUUCUUCCUCUUGCCUUGCGGAGAUCAACAGAUAAAAGAAUCAGUUCCGUUUUAAUUGAACUAUGCACAUUCUUUCGUGUUCUGUGUAGCAAAGUGCUAAAACUAGAAGAGUUAAAGUUACUUGAAGAAAAAAUUCCAGAAACAUUGUCUACUAUGGAGAAACUCUUUCCCCGGGAUUUUUUACCGUUAUGGUACACUUGCUUACUCACUUGGCAACUGAGGCUAGACUGGCGGGGCCAGUACAUUAUCGUUGGAUGUACCCAAUUGAGAGGUAUGAAGAAUGUCAUUGAUCUUUAUUAUAUUUUUUAGUAGUUAAAUAUUGUAAUAUCAAACUAAUAACAUUAGUUUAUUCCAUAGGUACUUGGGUACUUUAAAAUCAUAUGUUCGUAAUCGUGCAUGCCCAGAAGGUUCAAUAGCAGAAGCAUACAUAGCAAAUGAGUGUAUGGCAUUUUGCUCACGAUAUUUGGAGGGUGGAGAUUCAAGGUCUUAUAGUUCAAGAAAAUGCGAUGAUGAGAUUAAGCAUGAGACUAAUAAAGAGGAAUGUCUUUUUCUUACUGUUGGGGAGUCAUACGGUGAAGUAGAUGUAUUUGAGUUGGAUGAGAAAACAUGGUUGCAAGCACAUCGGCAUGUGCUUUUCAAUUGCGAGUCAGAGGUGGUUGAGAAUUAUAAGAAUGAGCAUAUUGCUGAAAUCAAGAGAUCACAUCGUAAGCGCCGUUUGAAACCACGUGACCUUGAUCUUAUACAUUUUGAUACAUUUCAUGAGUGGUUCAAGGACAAAGUAGAAGAGUUGGAGGUGACAUCUAACAUUUUGAAGGAUGUUAAAUUCCUCGCAAAAGGGCUGACUAAAAUUGCUAAAAGAUUCAACGCGUUUGAUGUAAAUAAUGGGUAUCGAUUCCGAACAAAACAAAGUGAAGAGUUCAAGGAGACACAAAAAAUUAAAGCGCCUUUAAAUGAUUUCCAAGUUGGAUUUAUUGUGUAUUUUAUUGUUAGGACAUGAUAAAUGAAAGGAUAAGCAAUAGUGAGAGACCUACUGACCGACCUCCUCAGAGUGUUGCUUGGGAAGGGGAUAUGUAUUCGCAAGUGUUGGGAAAUGAAAAAAAGUGGGUAUGUCCGUGGUUUAGGACUUGGUCCAACUCCUUCUGUUCUAUGGGGUAGUAGAUCUUCCUUAGGAAAUGUUGUUGCAGAGGAUUCAUCUAAUGAGGAUGUAAAAAGGUUACAACAUGAGAUAACUGAGCUGAAGGCGAAACAAAAUGAAGAAAUGAAUCUGAUGAAACAAAAUCAGGAGAAGAUGCAAUCAGAACUGCUCCAGAUGAGACAAUUGAUAUGCGCUCGUAAUGAAUCUAUGCCUCAAAAUAUCAAUGGCACCUCAAGUGAACAGGUCCCUGAUGCCAAUAGUGGCCAUGAACAAGUACCACAAACAUCAAGGAUACCUAGCGUUGCUGAAAAUUCCCCACCUUCUCAG